GUUAUUCCUGCGGUUUGUCGCUGCAAAUGAUUGUCGUUCGUCCGUUUGUUCUUGGGAUGAAAUUUAAUUCUCCUUUGUGUUAUUAUGCAUAUCAUAUGUUUUUCGGUAGUACGGUAGGGUUUGGAGUGUGGUGAAUCAUCAAUGCUGUCUUAUUAUUGACAGAUAUCGUUCAAACCACCAAUUGGCACAACGGCAACGGCUAUACACAGCAUGUAAGGCUUCACAUGUGAUUUUUAUCUUUCUCUUCUAAUCAAGAUUCCUAUCUAUCUCUCAACUUCUUGCUAUACACUUACAACCCUUCAUAUCUCCUAUGAAAGAUAUGAAUGGAAGCAUCCAUCGCUUUUACUCCAAAGACAUACACAAAUAGGUACUUCAUACUAAUUAUUAAUGAAAGUUUUUAUACUCGAUAUCCGAGAGAUAUACGAUAUACGAUAUACGAUAUACGAUUUACGGGCACAUCAACUCCACCUUUCCGUGAUACACACUGCCACUUGGAUUACGUCAAUUGCAAGGAAUUAACUUUGCUGGCAUAAUGGACAACCGACGUUCGAGGCUACGGACUAUGCAUUAUGGACUAUGGAGGACCCUUAUUGUUGUUUACGGUACAUGAAAAUACCUACCGAGACGGAAAACUCGACUUCAACUGUAACCAAAAAUUCAUAAGCUCACGAUACCAUCAACCUUCUUAAAUGGGAAAUUACCAACUAAUCUAUACCUUUAUUGUCAAGGUUGUUAUCGUGUUGGAUAUUUCAUAAGGCUUAUCGCAUCCGGAAACAGCGGAAUACGUCUUCAUCUUUUCCCUCUUUUCUUCCCUACCACAUUUUAUAAAUACAUUUCGAAUGGAAUGAUGAUGAUGGAUUAGAAAGGAUUGAUGUAAACGGCUUGAAAAGAAGGAAAUAAUCGGGAACAAAGACGAAUCCGGAAAAUGGCUUCGAAUAUUCCCCCUCAAAUUGCUCUCGAUCCAUUAAAUGCUUCAACAUCAAAUACUAUUGCGGCAGAUCAGAAUGAAUUCAGCGAUGACCUCUCGGACGAAGCGGAAACCAUUAUGGCCCCUCAUAUAUCAGAUGAGGAUGCACAAUCCAUCAUCGGUGUAUCUCUCAGUCAUGCAGCUUCACGUUUGAAGUCUUCAAAAACACCUGCCGCAGAAAAGGCUGCAGCCAUGGAUAAUUUGGAAGGAGGUUAUUUUGAUAGCGACCCUGAGACUCCAACAUUGGAACCCACAACUAAACUACCGUUCGAUGAGGAAUCAAGGAAUACAAAAGGGGAGGAGCCGACAUUGGGAAAACUACCAUCACCGAAGCUUUCCCCAAAACUCGAUGCCGCUGUGAAACCUCCCCCUCCUCAAUCGCGGGCAGAAUCAAAGUCAACGGUGGUUAUAGAACCACCGAAUGAAGCUCGCACAUCAGCCAUGGCUAGUGUAUUUCAUCCUGGAAGGAAACGUCAGAGUUCAUUAUCUAGUGGUGCCGAUGCACUCAAAAAGCUUCUGCCGAAAGGGUUACCUUCAAUGUCUCAGGUGGGAAACUUAUUUGGUACAUCAACAAGCUCAAAUCAUAAGUCUCGGUCAUCUUUUCAUGCUCCAAGAAACGCCACGUUCCACUCCUUUUCUCUAUCGCCUAGUCGUUCCAAAGAUGAGGGUUCAUCAUCUACAAACAACCGUCAGGUAAAGGAGCACCUUCCAGCUCAAUCUCGAUCAUCACAACGUCAUAGUAAUUCACAUCUUCAGAAUGAACUUGUAGCGGGUAAUAAUAGUUCAGCGGAACGUCCAAGAACUAUUCGCAGAACAACAUCUGAUGAUUCAUUACUAUAUCAUAGCUUAUCUCGAACCUCAUCACUAGGUGAUGAUUCACGGUUUGAAAAUCACCGCGAACAAGUCAACUCUCGAGUUAAAGCUAUUAGAGAUUCUUUUCAAGAUCGAUCAACCUUUCGAAUGCCACAAUUGCCCAGUAUGCCAAGUAUGCCCCGCGUACCCAGUUUUGGCUUUAGCAUGAACUUUUUGAAUCCCAGCACAACGUCACACAAAUCAAAGUCAAUUACUGAUGCACAUUCAGACAUAUUACCAGUUGUUACAAAAAAGAAGCCACUUGAGCCGAGUCCCUCAUUCUCGAAAUAUGAUUCCUUCGGUAAAGAUAAUACUCGGUCAUCAACGAAACCUGCCAAUGCCUUAGAUAAGGCCAUGGAGAAUUUGACCGGGGAUGUUGUAAUUAUGGGUGGAUACCGAGGAUCGAUACUUCGAUCCGCUAAAGCACCAAAUCAUCAACUUUGGGUACCCGUUAAGGUAGGACUCAAUAUACGUAAAGUGGACCUAGAAGUUGGUUUGAAUCCAGAGGAUGAGGAGAGAAUGGAAGAAAGUAUUAUCCCAUCCGGGAUGCUGAAGAAUAUUGGACCAGUAGACAUAUCCAGGCGGUUAUUCAAGCGACUUAAAAGUUGCGAAAAUGCGCAAAAUGGUAAAUUGAGAGUAUGGGAUUAUGGUUAUGAUUGGAGGUUAAGUCCACAUCUAUUAAGUCGAAAGCUCAAAGCCUUCCUGGAGAAAUUACCUUCUAAUCGACCAGGUCCUAAUGGAGAAAAGCCCACUGGUGCUUUGGUGAUUGCACAUUCAUUAGGAGGUUUGAUCACGCGACAUGUCGUGAAUCAAAAACCUGAGUUGUUCAGUGGGGUUAUAUAUGCUGGUGUUCCACACUCAUGUGUGAACAUUUUAGGUCCCUUCAGAAAUGGAGAUGCUGUCCUACUAAGCUCAAGAGUAUUAACGGCUCAAGUAAAUUUCACAUUACGAACUAGCUUUUUGCUUCUUCCUGAAAAUGGAGAAUGCUUCUUCGAUCUUCAUACGAGAGAGAAAUAUCCUGUCGACUUUUUCAAUUUAGAUGAUUGGAUCAAAUAUCGUUGGUCUCCUGUCACGGAUCCACCAUUGCCUCCAAUAUCUCAAUCUGGUAGUGGAAUUGGUGGUAUUCUUAAUCUUCAAUUACCAAACAGUUUAUCAAGUCUAACGAUAACUGGGAAGAAACCUUUAUCAGGUUCAAAUUCCGGCUCGGGCUCGGGCUCCGGUUCGAAUACUCCACAGCCCUCUUCACCAUACCUUGGAUCUAAUUCUCGAAGCGAAAACGACAAUCGUAACCAAUCAAUAGAUCAAUCCAAAACCAGUCGAGCGGCAGAAGUACUUCGUGGAGUGGAUGGUACCGAUCGCACUCUAGCCCCUCAGAUGAGUAACUCCCUGAACAAAAGCUACAAUCCUUCUCCUUCGGUCUCUACUCUCGUCACUCUUCCCCGCGAUAAAGCAAUAGAAUAUCUCCGUCGCACCCUCGCCGAAACACUCCAAUUCAAAAAAGAACUCCAUUUCAAACCCGAAAUCUCGGAUGCGAAUCGUUAUCCUCCAUUAGCUGUUAUCUAUGGUAAAUCUAUACCUACGGUUUAUGGAGCAAAGGUGGCGGGUAGAGAAGGAAUCCCUUGCGCGGAUGUUUAUGAUAAUUUGGCGUUUGCGAGUGGUGAUGGGGUUUGUUUGGCGAGGGAGGCGAUGUUGCCUGAGGGGUAUCAGUUGGUUAGGGGUGGGAAGGUUAGGAGUGAUAGGGGUCAUGUUACUUUGUUGGGGGAUCUGAAUGCAGUGGGGAGGGCGAUGGAGGCUAUUAGAAAGGGGAGGGGGAAGGGGAUUGGAUUUGGGGUUUGAGUGGUUGGAGGGAUUGUAGGGGGUUUGAUUUGAUAUGAUUGGAUUCGAUAUGAAAUGAUGAAGUCGCGAUGAAGAAAGAGUAGGAAGGAUUGUUAUUUUUUUUUCCUGGGUAAAAGGCGUUGUUGGUAUGCAUAUGUUUCAUAUCUCUUUCCUAUUUCUUGCUUUACACUUGAAGCAUAGGCACAGGCAUAAGCAAAAGCAUAAGUGUAGGCGUGGGCGUGGGUAUAGGAGCAAGCGGCAUAGUUGUUGUAUACCUACUCAGUUUUGUUUAUUGUUUGAUUGUUUGUUUCUUCAUUUGCUUGUUAAAAAAAUUGUCGAUUUGAUGUGAGUAAAGCAUGAAUGAAGCAUGAAGCAUGGAGAACGGAGCUUAGUUGUCUGAUUUUGUUUUGAUUUGUUUUCGUUUUUUGACUGGUUAAUUGGUUGGCAGGCGUUUUCUUGGGAGAGUAAUGGGAUUCUUGAAUUUUUUUGGGGGAGUUGGGAGUUGGGAGCUAGGAGAAGGAAAAGGGGGGGAAAUAUAGGAAGAAAAGAAGGAAGGAGAAAGAAAGGAAAAGAAAGAAGAAGGGGGGAAGGGAGGAGAAGAGAAGAGAAGAGGGUGAAAGGGAGAGUGGAAGAGAGGGUGGAAAAUAAAGAGAUUUAGGAUAGUUUAGGAUAGU